AGGGCAACAAUCGACCCAAAACCACCAACCGACGACUCUUCUCAUCGGUCCCUUAUUAAUCCUCCACCACAGUAAAAUUCGUCGACCAUCAUGUCCCGCCGUCCCAACCCAACCGCCGACAAGGCAUCACAAAACCAGCAAGUUAUCAAGUCGCUUCUGAAGCUUCCCGGGAACAAGCUUUGCGCUGAUUGCAAGCGAAAUAAACUUCCAAGGUGGGCAAGCUGGAACUUGGGCGUUUUUAUUUGUAUCAGGUGCGUGAUGAGGAGCUCUUCUAAACGGCUCAGGUCCUAACUUCCUCAGGUGUUCUGGUAUCCAUCGUGGCAUGGGAACACACAUUAGCAGAGGUAGGUGAAGCCCUUCCGUAUUAUCACCGGGGAUCGUUUGCUCAUCCUACCACUUUCGCAGUCAAAUCCGUAGAUCUCGAUAGCUGGACAGAUGAACAGCUCCAAAGUAUGUUGAGGUGGGGAAAUUCAAGAGCUAAUAAGUUAGUUUCUCUCCCCUCCCACCAUCGAUCGGUCUUGCUUACAUCUGCGAUAGAUACUGGGAAGCCAAUCUUGCGCCAGGGCACGUCCCUUCGGAAGCGUAUGCAGAUACCACCUUUCUCUUGGGAUCGUCCAGCUGAUCUCCUUAGGAAAAUUGAGAAUUUCGUUCGCACAAAGUACGAGUCCAAGCGAUGGGUUAUGGAAGGAGGAAUUCCCGACCCGGCAACUCUCGAAGAUUCUGGAGAAGAGGACAACUUGGUAGGAAACCCCGGCUAUCCCGCCCAUCUGAACAUUCUAACCUCAUCCCCUUCUCAGCCCCUGAAGGUGGUUCAACAAAAACUCGAGAAUCGACAAACACCUAUCUCACCGCCUCAACGGCCGGCAAGGCAGCAGAAUGUCAAUCUCUUUGACCACGAUGAUGCCUUGCCCCAAGAACCCUCCCGGCCUAGUUCGGUCCCGCCGGCAUCCAGGAGUCAGCCACCGCCAAAGGCCUCUCCUGCACCACCGAAACCGACCAAACCUGCUGAUUCGCUCCUCGGACUAGACUUCUUUGCGGCCACUCCUACCCCAGCCCCACGACCUGCUUCGGUAAACUCUAAUCCGGUCUCUAAUACUUCUUCCUCGCGGCCUGAUCUCAACAGGUCAAUUCUGUCCCUCUAUGCUUCCAAGCCCCAACCCCGCUCUCAACAUGUUAGCAGCCUCUCGAUGACCUCAUCUCAGCAGCCCCAGAGCCCUUCCUCCGGCUUGGGGGAUCUGGAUGGCGCUUUUGGUGGAUUUGGGUUUGGUUCGCAGCCCAGUACAACCUCCAUAUCAACCCAAGCAACUGCUCCACCGCCACCGAAGCCUUCCCCAUUUGCUAGUCUCACAGCUGGAAUGAUGAAAUCUUCAGCGGGCCCCCAGUUAUCGCCGGUACCAAGUGGAGGUUUUUUCGGACCCCCUAGUUCUAGCAUGGCCACGGAUAAAAAGCCUGCACCCAUUCCCUCUGUUAGUUCCGGCCUCGAGGAUCUUUUUGAUUUCUCGUCUGCCCCUUCCGCUCGUGUCCCCCAACCUGCAAUGAGGACGACCAGUUCACUUUCUCCUGCCACUUCCAAGCCGGCCGCUCCCGUCUUUUCAUUUGAUAGCAAUGCUUGGGCGUCACCAGCGCCGACCUCGACUGUUACUACCAAUGAGCCUACCUGUGCAUCCGCCUCGGCCGCAGUUUUAUCGAAUAACAUAUGGAGCUCGCCUGUAACAUCGCCUCCGGCCACGUUGAGCACUAUUACCCCAACUACUGCUAGCGCUGGUGGUUUUGGGGUCGCCACGGAUGAGGAGGACGAGUGGGGUGCGUUUAAUUCUGGCACAACUAGAGCCGGAGGUAAUACUGGCACUGGCACAAGUACCGGUGCCUAUGGAAGGCCGGGAGGUUUCGGAGGAGAUGAUGAUGUUUUCGCAAAUGUGUGGAAAUAGUAUAUCGCGCUGUUUUUUUCAAAAUUACAUGUAAUUUCUUUCG